GGCGCGGGAGCUUUGCGCCCUGCAGGAACGUGGAUCUGGACCUACCUCUCCCAGCUCACAUUCAGUGGGUGUGGAACAGGAGGGUCUGAUACAAGCAACUCCUAAAGAGAUAACUGCAGGUUUAUUUUUUGUCUUUUCUUUUUCAGAUACUGGGGAAUAAACCCAGGGUCUUUACGCUGAGCUACAUCCCAGUCUUUGGGGGUUUGGGGGUUUGUUUUGUUUUGUUUUGUUUGUUUUUGGAGACAAGGUCUUGCUUUGUAGUUCAGGCUUGCCCUGAACUCACUAUGUAGUCCAGGCUGGCCUCGAACUCUCAGCCAUCCUACUGCCUCGGCCUCCUGAGUGCUGAGAUUACAGGCGUGUGCCGCCACGCCUGGCCUAAUUGCAGGGUUGGGGGGGGGUUGGUACCGGGGAUCGAACUCGGGUCCUUGCGCUUGCGCAGCAGGCGGCGAAACCACUGAGCUAAAUCCCCGGCCCAACUGCAGGUUUUUGAGACAAGGUCUUGCUAUAUAUUCCAGGCUGGCCUUGAAUUCACUAUGUAGUAGCCUGGGCUGCCCUCAGAACUCACGGCGGUCCUCCUGCCUCCAACUCCCGAGUGCUGGGAUCAAAAGCGUGUGCCACCAUGCCCAGCUCAACUGCAGGUUUCUUAACACAUCCGGGGGUAUAUCACUAACAACAGAAAAAUAACAUGCUCUUUAAUUUGUACCUUAGGUAGUACACACUAAAAUACAGGCUUGUCCUUAUUUACGGAGAAAACUGAGGCUCCAGAACGACAGGUGUAGCAGCCGCGAUCGCCAGCGACCCCACUCUCCAGACCAAGCUGGGAUGCGCGCGCCCUUACGGACGGGGCGGGGGGUGGGGGGGUUGUCUCUGCCCCUCCCCGGGGGAGGUGAAACAGUGACGUCAGGGCCCCUUUAAGACCCCCGCCUCCACCCCUCUCCCCUCACUCGGCCCGCGAAUCUCUUUGGUCCCUUCCUCAGCUCCAUCAGCUUUGCUAUGGCUUCUGCUGGUCUGCAAAUACUGGGGAUUGUCCUGACAUUGCUGGGCUGGAUGAAAGCCCUAGUGUCCUGUACCCUACCCAUGUGGAAGGUGACUGCUUUCAUCGGCAACAACAUCGUAGUGGCCCAGGUGGUAUGGGAAGGGCUGUGGAUGUCCUGCGUGGUGCAGAGCACUGGCCAGAUGCAGUGCAAGGUGUAUGACUCUCUGCUGGCACUGCCCCAGGACCUGCAAGCUGCAAGAGCCCUCUGCGUCAUCACCCUGCUUGUGGCCCUGCUGGGUCUCUUGGUCUACCUUGCCGGGGCCAAGUGCACCACCUGUGUAGAGGACAAAGAUUCCAAGGCCCGCCUAGUACUCACCUCUGGGAUCAUCUUUGUCAUCUCAGGGGUCCUGACUCUUAUUCCAGUCUGCUGGACAGCCCACACCAUCAUCCAGGACUUCUACAACCCCCUGGUAGCUGAGGCCCAAAAGCGGGAACUGGGAGCCUCCCUCUACCUGGGCUGGGCUGCCUCAGGCCUUUUGCUCCUGGGUGGGGGACUGCUGUGCUGCACCUGCCCCUCUGGAGGGUCUCGGGGCUCCAGCCAUUACCUGGCCCGUUACUCAGCAUCUACCCCACAUUCUCCUUCUCGGGGGCCCUCUGAGUACCCCACCAAGAAUUACGUCUGAUGCAGGUGGGGGCUGAGGGCUCCAUUGGUCUUGGCCCCUGAGGUGGAGCCAUGGAGAUGGUGACACCUGACAGCUUUGGGGUUGCUGCUUACCUUGCUUUUGCUUUUUGCUGGGUUUUUUUGGGGGGGGCCUUUUAAAUCUAUUUGAUAAUGGAACUAAGAUAACCUACCCUUCUGCUUGGGCUCUGAUAUUGACAUUUCUCAUCUUUGGAUGGUGGAGCCAAAAAGGUGAUCCUCUGAGUUUCUGGAUAUUUUUUCAUUCUUCACAUAACCAUCUUGGAACCCAAGAUGGAGCUAUGGAACCAAUGCAAAGGCUGCAGUUGCUGGGGAAUGAGCGUCCCUAAAGUUGGCAUCAGCCAGACCCAUUCCUGGAAGGCCUGAUGAUUGAGUUACCAAAGAACUGCCCACCCCAUCUUCUAACCUCCAACUCCUGUAUCCAGCCACCAUGGACCCUCUUCAAGUCCGGCCCUACCUGUUCUGGCCCAUGAACACCCCCGUGAGCACCUCCAACCCUGCACACUUCUGCCCAUCCUCCACUCACACAAUAA